ACGCCCUCUCCUCUUUUUUCCCACAUCACGCCCUCGGGUGCAGACUCGAGCUCAUAGUAUACAUAGUACCGACGAUGGGCUCAUGACGGGAGCACACCUCACGGGAACUCUUUCGGAGGCACGCUUCCAGAUUCCCCAGCAGACUGGACAGACAGCGUUCCAACGCGCAUUUCGAACCGACAAAACUCUAUACGAGUAUUACCACGCCGUUGACCCCGAGCGCGGCCAACGUUUCGCCAGCGCGAUGGCCGGGCACUACAAUACGCCACUGGACGACCCCGUCGAGAGCAUCUACCCCUUCGAGAAAGUCCGAGAGGAUGCCUUGAUCGUGGAUAUCGGAGGAGGCCGAGGCCAGCAUUCGAUUCGUCUUGCCGAGCAGUACCCGAAAAUAACCUUCCUCGUGCAGGACCAGACCAAUGUUGUCGAGCCCAUGCAAUCUGCCGACCUACCAGAAUCCGUUACCGGCCGAGUCAAAUGGCAGGUGCAUAAUCUGUACUCUCCGCAGCCCGUCCAGGGGGCGGAUGUCUACGUGUUGAGCCACGUCUUGAUGGAUAAUCAGUCCAGCACUUGCGCGGAUAUACUCCGACACACGGCCAAAGCUAUGCGGCCCGGUCGCUCCCGCAUCCUGAUUCAUGACUUCGUCGAUCCCGAGAGAGGAGAAUCCGCCUCGCGCUUGCUCAAUGAGCUGGACUUCCACAUGCUUGCGAGCUUGAACUGCGUCUCCAAGCCAUUGGCUGUGUGGAAGGAGAUAUUGCACAAGGCAGAUCCGAGGCUGCAGGUCAAAGCAAUAUAUCAAGGGUCGAAGAACGCGGCGGUCUUUGAAGUGACUUUGGCGGGUAGUUGAGGGGGAAGCUGGGAUCAAACGGAGUCGAAACCGACUAUAUAGUGCCAAUUUUAUCGCGCAUUCGUACUGUAUGUCGAGUCCUGGGUUUCUCCACAUGUUCGUCUGUUCUGGCACCUAUAUAUCAUGGCGAGAUCAUUUCUGGGUGGUUGGUAUGCGGCAGGCAUGCGGAUUUGGUCUUCUCCCGGACCCGACUUCGGAG